GAGACAAUGAGAAGCACAAAGAUCUGCCUCUGCCUUGGAAGUUGGAUGACUCACCUGCCUUGCGAAGAGCGUCGGGCGCAGCGGCCCAGUCAGCUCGGCGAUGAGUUGGAUGUUGCGCGCCGCGUUGCGCGAAGACUUCGAGUCGUUCGAGUGGCUCGACUGCUUCGACUGGCCGCGGCGGUUGUGCGCGUGCGUGUUGGGGUGCGUGUACGUGGUCGUGGUCGUUUUGGACUCUUCGGUCCCAGUCAUCGCCCGGUGGGGGAAUACGAGAGCCGACCAGACGUAGAUGGCCGUUGUCUUGUUCCCUUUUGAUUGGUAUCUCUGGUGUAUCUAGAUCUAUUUGUUUCGUCAGUGAUAGCCGUUACGCGAG